GUGACGGUAUGUUAGACACAGGUGAUUCUACUAAAGAUCUGUCCGGGAUGUACUUCACCACCCACGACAGGGAUAACGACAGAGCUGGUGGUAACUGUGCUGGCUGGGGAGGAGGCUGGUGGUUUAACUUCUGCCAUAACGCCUUCCUGAACGGCCCAUGGUACCCGGGACACUGGAUCGAUCCGUGGUCUCCUACAGUGAGGGAUGGGAAUGUUCGGCCGAUGGAUUGUAGAAGUUUACUUGCUGACGGCUAUACUGUGUCCUGUGUUUAUAAGGUUUAUCCCUCCUACAACAGUCCAGUGGAUGUUUACUGUGAUAUGGAUAUAAAAGAUGGAGGUUGGACGGUUAUACAGAAGCGUGUUGACGGAUCAACGGAUUUCGACAGAACUUGGAAUGAGUACAAAGAAGGUUUUGGUUCUGUUCAUUCGUCUUACUGGAUAGGAAAUGACAUCAUUCAUCAAUUAACCAAGAACAGGCCAUCCCUGUACGUGUCCAUUACUCUGACCAAUGGGACCAAUCUAUUUCAACAAUACGGGACGUUCUCUGUAAACAACGAGACAGACAACUACAGACUUUACCUUGCUGGUCCGACAGAGGGGACCUUAGGAGAUAGUAUGUUAGACACAGGUAACCCUAUUGACCUCGAUCUGUCUGGGAUGAACUUCUCCACACCAGACAGGGAUAACGACAGGUGGAGUAAUGGUAACUGUGCUGCUGUCAGUCACACUAGAGGGGGAUGGUGGUUUAAUUGGUGUGGUUACGCCUUCCUAAACGGUCCCUGGUCCCCAGCGUACUGGUACAAACCAUGGUGGCCUACACUGGCUGAUGGAAGUCAGAUAACAGAGACUGUCAUGAUGAUAAAAACACACUAA